AUGAAGACGAGGCGCGGCGCCUGCUACUCCUGCCAUGACCCGGCGGCCGAGGCGCCGGAGAUGCACCGCCGGAAGAGGCGGAGGACGGCCAUGGAGACGGCGGGGUGCGCUGGCGCUGCCGUCGGAGACUUGUUCGAGGACCUGCCGGAUGAUCUGCUGGUGUCCAUACUUGCUGAUGUGGCCGCGUCCGCCCGCUCGCCGGCCGACCUCGCCGGCGCCAUCAUGACGUGCAAGAGAUUCAGGGAGUUGGGCCAGAACAAGGUUGUCCUUGCCAAGGUGUCGCCGCGGUGCCUCGCCGUCCGGGCCAAAAGCUGGUCCGACUCCGCCCACCGCUUCCUGCAGCGCUGCGCGGACGCCGGGAACCUCGACGCAUGCUACCUUCUUGGCAUGAUCCGGUUCUACUGCCUGGGGAGCCGGGGGUCGGGAGCGGCGCUCAUGGCGGCGGCGGCGGUCGGUGGCCACCGGGAGGCGCUCUACUCGCUGGCCGUCAUCCAGUUCAACGGCAGCGGUGGCAGCAAGGACGACCGCGACCUCCGAGCGGGCGCUGCGCUGUGCGCGCGCGCGGCGUCGCUCGGCCACGUCGACGCCCUCCGCGAGCUCGGCCACUGCCUUCAGGACGGCUACGGCGUGCGCCGCUCCUUGCUCGACGGGCGCCGCCUCCUCAUCCAGGCGAACGCGCGGGAGCUCGCCGCCGCGGUCACCACGUCGGCCUCGCUGCUCCGCGCGGCAGCCGGCAGCGGCAAGGCCUCCAGGAGACACUCGUGCCUGCUCAGCGACUUCGGGUGCCGCGCCGCGGCCGCCGCGGCCGGCGAGGCGCAUGCCGCCAACCGGUUCCUCGUCGAGUGGUUCGCGUCGCGGCCGCUGGGCGCCGAGAGCAGCCCAGCGCCGGCGCCGGCGCCGGCGGCAGCGGAGGAGGGCGGGGGGCUGCGGCUGUGCUCGCACGCGCUGUGCGGUCGGCCGGAGACGCGGCGGCACGAGUUCCGGCGGUGCUCCGUAUGCGGCGUGGUGAACUACUGCUCGCGCGCAUGCCAGGCGCUGCACUGGAAGAUGGCGCACAAGGCCGAGUGCACGCCCAUGGACCGGUGGCUCGACGGCGCCAACGCUAACCCCAACCCCAAUGCCGUCGCAGGCGCAGGCGACGCCGCCGUGGUCGCUCCGGCCCUGUAA